AUGGAAGAUCGAUGGAUAAAAUAUUUUGUGCUACUUAAUGCAUUAGUUUUGGACAAAGUCAACUCAGUUUCGUACCUCAAUUCGUAUGAUAGUUACCAAUACCAAUGUGGUAUGCCCGUAAGAUGUGAUUUGGACUUUAAUUGUCCAUCAGUGAGUAAUUGGAAGGAGCUUGAGUUGAGUUCACAGCGGGAAGCAGAAAAUUUAUUCGAUCUACAAACGGAAAUGGCACGGAACGGAAGUUACCUUAUCGGAGAAAGUGAGGUGGACCACGGGUUAUAUAGAACGGCUGCAAUGGAUAGCUUUGCGGAAAAGUGCAUGAAGAAUUCAAUGACUACCGAUAUUUUUCUGACACAUUUAGCUAAACAAAAUAAAUGUGCCGUUCGAAAUCUGUUGGAUGGAAAAUGUCACGAAACAAAGAGGACACUCAGCUUAAAAUCCUGUAAUACUAAACGUGAAUACAAGUGCGAUGAAAAUCACCCAUAUCGCAGCUACGAUGGACUGUGCAACAACGUUUUGCAUCCAACCUGGGGUAGCGCAAGCAGUCCAAUGCUGCUAGAAAUGGGAACCUGUUACGAUGAUUAUGUAGCUGAACCGAGGCGCAGCACUUCCGGUCGUCCGUUGCCCAAUACUCGCAAGGUUAUGGCCGAUAUACAGCUGGCAGUAAAUCGCGACCCAACGCUACAUGUUGUACCGGGAUCUUUCAACACGUUUGGAUUGUUUUUUGGGGAAUUUUCGGCUCUCGAUAUGCUCGGAAAAUAG